UUUGAAUUACACCUGUCCCAUGAUGGGUUUCAAAGACCACAAUUUCCAGCUUCAGCAGUCAUGGUCAUGACCACUCCUCAGAACCCAACGUGUGGCCUUUUUUAGGAUAUGACUGGUAAGGAACUUUAUCAACUAAAUGUAAGAGCAGUGGCUGCAGGAAGUCGUUAUGGUGCUUUACAAAGGACCACGGCUGUUGGAAUUUGCAAAGACUCCUUCACACCUUCAGUUCAACAAAUAUGUCCUGACGGGUUAUCGACCUGUGCAAACUGCUGAAGAAUGCCUCAGGAGCCUCUUCUACAUGCACAAUGAGCUGGGCAACAUUUACACCCAUGGUAUCCCUUUCUUCCUAUUCUUGGUGCUACUUCCUUUCAACAUCCCAUGGAUGGAGGUGGAGAGUGUGUGGAUCUGCGUGGCCCACUACCUGGCUUGCAUCUCUCCCACUGUGGGCUCAGUGGUCUACCAUGUGUUCAUGAACCAUGUGGGAGGAGAACAAGUGUACGACACCCUGCUCUCCCUGGACAUGUUUGGGGUCUGCUUAGUUAACACUCUGGGGGCACUUCCCAUCAUCCACAUAACUCUUCUCUGCUACCCAAACAUGCAACAGGCUGCCCUACUGGCCUACAUCCUCCUGUCAGUCUAUGGCAUCUACUGCGCCACCACGGCCCGCACAAACGUCCUGCGCCUGCAGGCUUUUGUCUGGCAGGCCCUGUUCCGCUUCUGCCUCUUCUUGUUCCGAGUGUACGGCAGUGGGGUGGGCAGCCCAAAGUCCCUGCGCCUCUUUGUUACCAUGGACACUCUGGCUGUCAUGGGUGGGGUGGUCAACAUCAUCCAGAUCCCAGAACGUUUCAGCCCCGGUCUGUUUGACAACUGGGGAAACAGCCACCAGAUCAUGCACGUUAUGGUUAUUUGCUCAAUUAUCUACUAUCACUGGGGCACAUUGGAGGAUUUAGCUUGGAUUAAAACCUACCAGUGUCCUGCUGAUUAAAGCAAAGUGCAUCAUGUAUAAGGCUGCAUUGGUAGAUAUGAUUCAAUAAGACAUGAGUAUCUCUAUGUACUGUGAGUCUAAAAUAUAUAUCAAUACAAGAAAAUGACGUAAGUGCUAGCUGCUGACAAUGAUUGUAUUCACUGUGAUCAGUUCUUCAUAAGAGAAGUUUAUACUGUGACAUUCUGGGAAGGAAGAAAAAAGGGGAAGUUACAGUGUUAUAACUGUGGAAUUUAACCACACCAGUGAAAAGAAUUCCUGAGAAUACUUGAGCUUUAGUUUACUGAAAUGCAGUAGUUUUGGGUCAUAAAAAUACCCAUAACCAAAAGUUAUUUUUAAAUGUAAACUGUAAUUAAUAUAUGUAAUAAAUUAUAUAUUUUUAUA